CUCUCACAAGUUCAAAUCUCAUAAGUUUCUUCCUAAUUUCACGCAUUGCUUCCUAAGUAGCUUAGCAAAGAAGGAAAUCGUGGGAGAUCUGGUUAGGUGAGGUGUUGACUCGGAUCUACUCUCUUCCUGGCUCCUUCUUAUUUCUUUCAGCUGUGGAAGAAAACAUGGGAAGGGGAAAGAUAGAGAUAAAGAGGAUAGAAAACACGACGACGAGGCAAGUGACAUUCUCAAAGAGAAGGAACGGACUCCUGAAGAAGACCAAUGAGCUCUCUGUCCUCUGUGACGCCCAGAUCGGACUCAUCGUCUUCUCCAACACUGGCAAGCUCUUUCGCUACUUCUCUCACCCCUACAGGAUGGAUCAAAUAAUUGAAAAGUACCAACGAUCUACAGGGACUCGCAUAACGCCCCAUGGACAUUCCCACCAUCAGGAAGAUUUAUUGACUGAGAUGGCAAUGUUGAGGCAUCAAAAUCUGAGCCUUGAGAUGGGGAUUCAGCGCUACCUUGGAGAGGGCAUAGCUUGUCUCCAAUAUGAAGAAUUGACUCAGCUUGAAGAUGAAGUUCAAAGCUCUGUUGCAAGGGUUCGAACCGGAACCAAACAGGCCCAGAAACAACGAACCCGCAUACCUACUCUAACCCCCAAUUGAAUGUACUAUUUUUCCUCCCUUGUGUCUGAAUUGAAAUUCCUUGAAACCAUGGGCAGCAUAAGUAGGCGACCUCGAUGCUGGAGGAGCACGGCGACACUAGCACACUUAGACGAGUACGACGCUGAAGUCUUGAAGAAGAAAUGGCUAAAUCUAAGCAGCUUCAAUGCGACGGCUUUGAAGAAGAGAAGCGACGGCUUUGAAGAAGAGAAGGUAAGCCAGCUUCUCCUUUCUGAUUAAUUAUGCAAUUUGCUUGGGUGGAUAAGAUGACUAGUGGUUGACUAGUUGAUCUUGUCAUUUUAGAGAUGUCAGGGUGUGUGCUAGCACAUUCUUCAUAGUCACAGUGUCAAUUUAAUUUUUCAAAGAAAAGAAUUAAUACUGACGCCCACUAACCACUCUUCGAAAAAUUCAGUAGGAUUUAAAAGGUACCAGCGAUUCACUCUUCUCGGUGUUGAUGUUUAUCGCUAAAACAGAGAAAUCAGUGACAGUAAUUGGAAGUCAUUUUAGUGUCAGUUGUCAACAUUUUUGAAAAUCUAAAGUGGGUUGCUGCCAGUGUAAUAUCUUAUAAAUUAAACAUGUUAUCGAACCAUUAUCAUCAUCAUUAAGUAGAACAUCUCCGGUGCCUGAGUUUGAAAGAUGGUAGGGGGUGCCUAUGUUCAAACUGGUGGACGGCAACAUCAGGGAGAGGUGACCACGUUCGUGUUAAUUACAUGUGUCGUUGUUGCCAUGGGAGACCUUCUCUUCUCUUUGGAUACGAUCUUGGUAUCACGGGAGGAGUUACGUCUAUAGAACCAUUCUUGGUUCAAUUCUUUUCGGCUGUGUAUAAACAAAUGAUGGAUGAUUCCGUUACCAAUCAAUACUGUAAAUUUGACAACCAACAACUCACGUUGUUCAUCUCCUCUUUAUAUCUUGCGGCAUUAAUGGAAUUCAACCAGAAGAUAUAGAGAGGAGGUGAACAACGUGAGUAAUUAUUUGUCAAAUUUACAGUAUUGAUUGGUAGCGGAAUCAUCCAUCAUUUGUUUAUACACAGUCGAAAAGAAUUGAACCAAGAAUGGUUCCAUAGACGUGACUCCUCCCAUGAUACCAAGAUCGUAUCCAAAGAGAAGGCCUCCCAUGGCAGCAAUGACACAUAUAAUUAACACGAACGCGGUCACCUCUUCCUGAUGUUGCCGUCCACCAGUUGAACAUAGGCACAUCCUGUCAUCUUUCAAACUCAAGCACCAGAGAUGUUCUACUUAGUGAUGAUGAUAAUCGUUCGAUAACAUGUUUAAUUUAUAGUAUAUUACAUUGGCAGCAACCCACUUUGAAUUUCUAAAAAUGUUGACAACUGACACUAAAAUGGCUUCCAAUUACUGUUACUGGUUUUUCUGUUUUGGCGAUAAGCAUCGUCACCGAGAAGGGUGAAUCGCUGAUGCCUUUUAAAUCCUACCGAAUUUUUUGACAAGUGGUUAGUGGGUGUAGUAUCAGUUCUUUUCUUUGAAAAAUUGAAUUGAGCCCGUUGGACAGGGAUGACACUGUGACUAUGGGGAAUGUGUUAGCACACACCCUGGCAUCUCUAAAAUGACAAGAUCAACUAGUCAUCUUGUCCACCCAAGGAAAUUGCAGAAUUAAUCAGAAAAGAGAAGCUGGGCUUACCUUCUUUUUUGUUUCUGGGCAUGGGUUUGGUUUCGACCCCGUCCAAAAAAUAAUAGUAAUAAUGGGGAUACUGAUGAGCGGAUAAUUUAUACGCUUUUUAGCAUUAUUUUUAGGUAGUUUUCAAUAUGUUUUAAUUACUUUUUAGUAUAUUUUUGUUAGUUUUUAUUCAAAAUUUACAUUUCUGGACUUUACUA